AUGUACAAGUACGCAGCCACGUUUGUAUCAGUAUUAUCUAGUUUUGUUUUCGCAUCAACAUCAACUACCAACGAUGUCACCACAGCCGAAACACCUACCACCGUGGGAACAACAAGUCCAACCAACGGACAGACCACCACCGCGCAAGGAACAACAAAUUAUAGUACAACAGCAUCAUUAACAUCAUUUUUAUCAUCAACACAAUCAACUAUUUCGACAACAGUCUACACAACAGGGGAAACAACCACUGCAAAGGAGACUACUAACACGACGACAACAGAUCCAACAACAGUUCUGUUGACAACAGCAACGACAAACACAACAGAGGGACCAACAACAGGUUCAACGACGACAGCUGACAAUUCAACCACAGGUUCAACGACGAUAACUGACGGAACAACAGGUUCAACAACAACAAAUGGAGUAACAACAACAGAUACCACUGUUUCUCAAUCUAAUGGCACUACAGCUAAGACAACAGACACAGUGGCCACUACAAACUCGCAAGAGACAACGACAGGCACAAUUGCAACUACCUCCUCGCCUGUGACCAGCACCGCAGGUACAACAACUGUCUCACAGACUACUGGAACUACAGCUGAGACAACGACAGGCACAAUUGCAACUACCACCUCGCCUGUGACAAGCACCACAGGUACAACUGUGUUUCAAACUUCUGGCACUACCGUUUCAAGCACAGAAGGAACAACUGUCUCACAGACUACUGGCACUACAGUCGAUACAACAACAGGCACAAUUCAAAGUACAACCUCGCCAGUGACCAGUUCAGUAGAAAGUACCAUCACGCCAGUUAUCAGCACAGAAGAUACAGCCAUCUCUCAGACUACUAGUACUUCGUCUGAGCCAACGACAGGCACAAUCGUAACAACAACCUCGCCAGUGACAAGCGCUUAG